GGGCUUGUUGUAGUCCAGCCCUUCUCCAGUUCAUCCACACCUACCUCACUCACAUGGUUCGUGUGUGUGUUCCCUGUCCGCUUAGACAGGGCUUCGUUAUUCCAGUCGCCGCGGUUGCUUUUAAAAUAUAUACAUAUAUUUCGUUGACAGAAAAGGAAGCUUCUAGCGGGGUUUAAACCAAAAUCACCGCGUCGGGGGCUUUCUCUUCGUGAUUUAGUGUGUUAUUUAUUUAUUUUUAAUUAUUUAUUUUUUGCGCGUGUUCGGUGUGGGUCUUGCGUUUGAUUUGCCAUCCUGGAUGCAGCUGCUGGGCUCUGCAGCGCGAGUCUUCAUGAGCAACCCGCACCAACCAGAGGUUUCAAGGCAUACGAGGGUCACCAGCCUGUCACUAUGGUUCAAUGUCUUGUUUAAUGGUUGAGCGGUGUGGAGCUAUCUCAUUCGAUGGCCCUGAUCAGAAUGCCCUAUUUCGCAUGCUAGGUAAUCCAUGACAUCAGGCAACAAGGGCAAGGAUGCUGAACAGAAAUCAUCUGAGAAUUCUCGAAAUGCACGAGUAAGAGGGCAAGCAGGGCUUCUCUCUGAGCGCCGCGGAUCAUAUCCAGUCAUUGACUUUCGUCUUCUCAAUUCAACUGCACUUUCAGGUGAAAUCGGCUCAAAGAAAAGAGUGAAAAGACUAUUGAGCUUUCAGAGGUAUUUUCAUGCCUCUCGACUGCUACGUGGCAUUGUCCCACAGACAUGUCUACACUUAUUGGAUGAGGACUACCUUGGGCAAGCCAGGCAUAUGUUAUCAAAAGUUGGAUUGUGGAACUUUGACAUAUUUUUGUUUGACCGUCUGACUAAUGGGAAUAGUCUCGUCACCCUGUUAUGUCACCUGUUUAAUCUCCAUGGUCUCAUUCAGCACUUUCAGUUGGAUAUGGUAAAGUUGCACAGGUUUUUAGUUAUGAUUCAAGAAGAUUACCACAGCCAGAACCCAUAUCAUAAUGCAGUUCAUGCUGCUGAUGUGACUCAGGCAAUGCAUUGCUACCUGAAAGAACCCAAGCUUGCCCGAUUUUUGACACCACUUGAUAUAAUGCUUGGUUUGAUGGCAGCUGCAGCCCAUGAUGUUGAUCAUCCAGGAGUCAAUCAGCCUUUUUUGAUUAAAACUAAACAUCACUUAGCCAGCUUAUACCAGAAUAUCUCCGUACUGGAGAAUCACCACUGGCGAUCUACAGUUGGAAUGCUCCGAGAAUCAGGGUUACUGACUCACCUGCCUGUGGAAAUAAUACAAGACGUUGAACAACAAUUAGGUUCUCUUAUUCUGGCCACAGAUAUUAGCCGACAAAAUGAGUUUCUUAUAAGAAUGAAAGCUCAUUCAGAUAACAGAGAUUUAUCAUUGGAGGAUGCAGAUCAUAAGCACUUCAUUUUGCAGAUAGCACUUAAGUGUGCAGAUAUCUGCAAUCCUUGCCGGGUAUGGGAUAUGAGCAAGCAAUGGAGUGAGAAAGUCUGUGAGGAAUUUUACAGACAAGGUGACUUAGAGGAAUGUUUGCAUCUUGAAGUUAGUCCACUGUGCAAUCAGCAGAAAGACACCAUACCCAGCAUACAAAUAGCUUUUAUGAGCUACAUUGUUGAGCCCCUCUUUGUGGAAUGGUCACGUUUUACUGAAAACACACGUUUGACCGUAACAAUGAUGAGCCAUCUGCGAAAGAACAAGGCAAGAUGGCGGGGACUGGUUCUCAAACGACAUAACAGUGAGGAAAAUUCAACUCAAGCGAAUGAAGACAAAAGCAGAACUUCUCAGGAAGAUGAACAUCAAUAAUCUAAUCCAGUUAAAUGGUCCAGUUAAAAAAUGCCAUGUAUAUUUCACAAUCACUUUCCUUUCUCAAAAUUUGCUUUUGGGUGAGGUGAAGAGAUCGUGAGGACUGGGAAAAUGCCUCCAGUGGAAAAGUAGGAAGAGGACAAUUUGAUACUGACCGUCUUUUCCAAGUUUCCUGAUCCGUCUUUAGUUUUGUAAACACGCUCCAUAUAUUAUUACCUCAACAGCCUUCCAAUUAUAUUGAAUAAAAAGGACUUGGUAUUUUUGAAUUGCAGCAGAAGCAAAAUUCCAUUCCCAAAUUGUCAAGCAAAAGGAUCAAACCUUUUACCUAGCUUGAUACUGUUGGUUAGAGAAGAGUUUGGGCUGAAAAUGAGUCUGAAUUGGGAUGGAAGAGCCAGUGAAGGAACUUCAUUGUGGUGCAGUAACAAAACUCAUUGGCAAUGUGGCUUUGUCUUUAAGUGGCGACUGUUGAAGAACACAGUAUUCAACUGUUCUGCAGCUGGGCUGCACCAUUGCGAAACACCAGCUUUGACUGAACUCACAAUCUCUUGGAUUUUGAGUGUGCACUGAGAAUAAUCCUUUUUUGGGAACGACAACCAAGCUUUUUUUCAUUUUUGUAUCUUUUUCAUCAAAAAGCAGAUGUGGCAUUCAGAACUGGAUUGCAUACUUACUGAGUACAUGUUUAAAUUCAUUCUUGUAUAGUUAUGAAAAAUAAAAUUAAGAUGGAGAGAUGUAAAUAUGUUCAGUUAAAAGGCAUACAAUUCCAGGGUUUAUUCUGUCCCAGUGCAUCUGUGUCAGUUCCUGAUUUUCUAGUAAACAUUAUACAUUAGGGAUGACAAACAACAAGAUCGGUACAUUUAGAAUUCUGCAUUGAGAAAAUGUUUCACUGUGAAGAAUAAAUACCAUAGGUAUUAAAGCAAAAGCCAAAAAUUAGAACCAUAGAUCAAAUGUAAAUAGUUAUAUAACACUAAAAAAAAAUUAAACUAUAAAGCCUUAACAUUGCACCCAUUGCCAUAUUUUUACUGUUUUGAUAAUUAAGCACUAUUAAACUAAUUGUAAUUACUAAUUACAGCAAGCUGUUUCAUUUCUAUUUUCUCAUUUUUAAAAGUAAUAUUCAAUAACAGUGAAAACAUUCCACAUUUUUCUUACAUUAUUUAAUUUGUUUUAAGUUGUAAUUGAGGAUGAUUUUGCUUUGCCUCAAGAGAACAAGGACUCAAACUUAUCUGAAUCCUUAUCAAGUUGAAAACUAAUUUUUGUUUUGAACCAAAUUGCAAUUUUCCUGAAUUCCUAGGUCAUCAAGGAUUAAGAAGGUAAAUGCCUUUUUUUUAAAUGUACGAAUCAUAAAUUAACAAAUCAAGCUUGAAUGCCAUGUUCACAUCCCAGAAACUGAAAAUCAAAGGGAUUGGACGUAUUUUGUUAUUCAAUUUACUGUGCAAGAAAAUCUUUUACAAACUAUUUGCAGAAAUGAUUUGUCAUAUAAUCCUUCUGUUUUUACAAAUGAACAAACAAAACAUUUUAAUGUUUGCCUGUCUUUCUGUUCAGUGGUAGGGAAAUAAAGUUGGAGUACAGAUGUGCCAUAAUCUAUUAUUAAGGUAGUACAAAGUUAUGGGAUUGAACAGCCGAUGCUUAUUUCUCUAUAACCUUGGAUUUUAAGAUAUACACAAAGAUAAACCUCCCCAUGUUAUACAUAAAAACUUUAAAACUAUAAAAUGAUUACUCUUGCAGAUGUAUGUACACCUAAACUCCAAUCAAUACCCAGAGGACACGGUUUUGAUUUAUAGGUUAGGAUCAAAGUACAUUCCUGUAAUCUGUGUAAACAAGCCUUACAGCUGUAUGAUAGUAUCAUUAUAAUGUAAACUUUGUCAAAUGUUGAAAAUCUGUGAUGCAUAUUCUGUGAAAUUUGCUGUGACUGCUAUGCAGUGUUGCCAAGAAUCAUUAUUUCUAAAACAAAAUCUAAAUUUUAAUCAAGAAUGCAAUGUAUAAUUUCAGUUCAAAAUUUUGGACUGCAACAAUUAAUCAUAAAUAGACUUUUGUAAAUGUUACUGUUUCCACUUAUGAAAAUAUAAACAUCUAAAACAAA